AUGAAGGCUAAGAGCAGCUGUUGGACAUGUAAAAGCCGCAAAAUCGGUUGCGAUAAAAACCUCCCUUGCUGCAACAACUGCACGCGUACAGAGAGAAAAUGCCUUGGGAGACGCAGGACAACAGAGGCUGCGAGCCACGUACCGGCCUUUCAGUCUCGGCCAAAAAACUAUGGCGAGCACUUCCUAACCUUCGACUUUGAAGACAUGGAUCUUGCCAUAGCCAACAGCCCUGGUCGUGAUUUAUUGGCGAGGUUGACUGGCCGACCUCGUUGUAGUCUGACGCUUCAUGCCCCUAUACUUGGCCAGGACUCUCUGCUCUUGAGCUAUUAUGAGAAUGUCAUAUCAAUGAUGGUCUCAACAACACAGGCACGCAAUGGAUUCAGUACUGAAAUACUACCAAUGGCAUUGUCCAGCAAGGACGCGUCUUCGUCAGCCUUAUGCAAUGCGAUGCUCGCAAUAUCGGCCUUUCAUCACCUCAGCCGAGAAGCCGCGCUGCCGUACAAGCUGCGUGCAUUGCACCGACUCUCGAAUUCACUAUCAGCCCAGUUGAGUUCACCAGGUGCUAUAGAUGCUGAGCUUGCUGCGUGUAUGAUGCUGUGUAUGUAUAGUGUGUUCGAUGAAGAAGAGGGUAGUUGGCAUGUGCAUUUGAAUGGAGCUCGGAAAAUGCUGCAUACGUUACACCUAAACCGCAAGCGACCAGUCCCAUCCGACUUUCUCGUCACAUGGUUCCUUUAUUAUGAUGUCUUGGGCCACUUUACUCAGCCUCUUCAAGAAACCUACAACGACUUAGAGUUCUUGUGGCUCAUGCAGACCUCGAAAUGCGACACGCCCCUUAUCAUUGGGUCUUUGGGGUGUUCCGUAGAGAUUUUUGACAUCAUCCACCAAAUAAACCGAAUUCGUGGAUCACACAUCGGUGGGCAAGACGACAUUCCGACUGAUGAGCUUGUUCACCGCCGGGAUAGGCUGGAAACAAGACUCCACAACCUGGUUCAGCGACUUGAUCCUGACGAGGAACAAACCGCAUCUCUCAGACGCAUUGAUGCUUUAGCUACUGCCGAUUUAUAUCGCCUAGCGACACUUCUAUAUCUUCAACGCGUUUGCCCCAUGGAAGGUGACAACUCUAUGGGCAUUAUUUAUAUCGGACAGGCCUUUCACGUCCUUAGGACGCUGGAAGUUGUCACUAGCCCGUGGCCUCUUUUCAUUAUUGCAUGCGAGUCGCGAUCUGAGGAGCAACGGAUUACGAUCCUCAAGAUACUGGAUCAAAUGGACCAUGUGCGGAGUGUUGGGAAUGUUGUCGUCACGAGAAGAAUUAUCGAAAUGUUUUGGAAGCAGAACGAUCUACGGGCAGAUACUCACUUUGGCCACAAGUUGGACUGGUGGCAUUUGGUGAAUUCCGAUGUCGCAGUUCCAUGGUUUGCAUAA